CAACUUCCAAAACUUGAAGUUGUCGCCAUCGCGGGAAGAUCAAAACUUUCUAGUAACAGAUUCACGGCAACUCUCUAAGUACCCUGGUGUAACAAUUUGCAAGGCCAGAUAAAAGCCAUGUCAGGUUUUGCAGUUGGUGUAAAAGAUCCAAAGUAUAAUUUUGGGUUACUAGAAACACCUAGCAGUGCUGUAACAUCCAACACUGAGUGUAGUAGUACUAAAUGGGGCAACACAUCUUCUAUUGGGUCCUCUUCAAUGCCAAGUAUGAGGCAUUCUGCUCCGAACAACAAGGCAAGCUCCACUAUGCCUGGAAGCAGCAGCUCAUCAACCAGCACUUUUCCUGCACCUGGUACCUCAAGGUCUAGAACACCAGGCUCUUUGAGCUCCAAGACCCCUAGACAGGGUGGGCCGAGCUCUAUAAAUAGCCGUACUCCAGGGUCGAGAAGAACACCUCAUACUACUUCCAGCACAACACCUGGUACUGGGAGGGAGACAAAUUCAGCUGUAAUUGUUGCCCUUGUGGAGGGGCGAGGCAUAGCAAGGGGUGAAGUGGGAAUGGCCCAGAUAGAUCUGAAGCAGCCAAUCCUCUCCCUGUCUCAGUUCUCAGACAGCCCUACAUACCCAAAACUGAUGACCAAACUACAGAUGUGCCAACCUGUUGAGAUAGUAAUGCCUAGUACUGCAUGUGAGAAUGGCAAUAUGACAAAAUUGUUCAAGUUGAUUAGUGAUCAGUUUACCAACACUAACAUUGCUACAGUACAAAGAAAAUACUUCAAUGAAGAAAAGGGGCUGCAGUACAUCAAACAGCUAUGUGUUCCUGAGUAUAACACUGUAGAAAUGGAGGUUGCAUCAAAGUACUACUGCUUGGCAACAACAGCUGCUCUCCUGAAAUAUGUAGAGUUCAUACAGAACACUGUCUACGCCCCUGCCUCAUUAAAAGUGGUAUUCAAGGGUAGUGAGCAUACAACUAUGAUAGAUGCUGCCACAGUGAAUAACCUUGAGCUGCUACAGAAUCUCAGGGAUCCCAAGAGUGAACACAGUCUGUUUGGUGUACUGAAUCAUACAAAGACUGUGGGUGGGAAUAGACUUCUCAGAGCAACUAUACUACAACCUCCUUCAUCCUUGGAAACUAUUAAUUUGAGACUAGACACAGUGUCAGAGCUAACGGAAAAUGAAGAACUUUUUUACAAUCUACGAGGCGUUGUUAGUCGAUUCGUUGACAUUGAUUAUCUCCUAUCACUUUGUGUACAGAUUCCAAAACAGGAGACACUUAAAAGUGCCGAGAGCAAAAUCACAAAUGUUAUUUACCUAAAACACACAUUAGAGCUACUAGCACCUCUGCAGAAUGCAUUGAAGGAUUCCACUACUCCAUUGUUGAGGGCUUAUUAUAAUACUCUACAAGACCCUAGGUUUGAUAUCAUCAUAGAAAAGAUUCACACAAUUAUACAAGAUGAUACAAGGUACCAGAAAGGCAACUUGAAUAUGAGAACACAGAAAUGCUUUGCUGUGAAGCCAAAGAUCAAUGGCCUGUUGGAUGUAGCUAGAAGAACAUACACUGAGAUAGUGAAUGACAUCGCUGAGCUCACAGGGCAACUGUCUGCUGACCAUAACCUUCCCUUGAAAACUGCCUAUAACUCUACAAGAGGGUUCUUCAUACAGCUCUACUGUGGAGGGAAACAGACUAUCUCUGUUGAUAGUUUACCAGGAAUAUUUGUCAAAGUCACUAAAUUCAAGAACACUAUAGGAUGUACCACCGCUGAUAUGAUCAAGUACAAUGAACGUAUCAAGGAAUCCCUGCAAGAGAUAUACCUCAUGACAAAUGUGGUAGUCUCAGGACUGUUGGUAGAUAUAAGAGAGCACAUAGGAUGCCUCUACAAGCUUACAGAGUGUGUAGCAAUGUUAGACAUGCUGGUGUCUUUCGCCCAUGCUUGUACAGUGGCCAAUUACUGUCGCCCAGAAUUCACAGAUACUCUUGCCAUCAAGCAGGGUAGACACCCAAUUUUGGACCAGAUAACUAUAGACUCCCCAGUGCCAAAUAAUACAUAUGCUUCUGAAGACAGCAACUUCUUGGUCAUUACUGGACCUAACAUGAGUGGAAAGUCCACCUAUUUGCGUCAAAUUGUAUUGCUACAAAUUAUGGCUCAGAUUGGAUCCUAUGUACCUGCCGAGUAUGCUUCUUUCCGCAUUGCUGACCAAAUAUUUUCUCGUAUUGGAAGUGAUGAUGAUAUUGAGACCAAUUCUUCAACAUUUGAAGUUGAGAUGCGUGAGAUGAACUAUAUUGUUCAGAAUGCCUCAAACAAGUCUCUUAUCAUCAUUGAUGAAUUAGGCAGGGGUACCAGUGCAGAGGAGGGGAUAGGCAUAUGUUGGGGCAUCUGUGAAUACUUCAUCAGUUUGAAGGCCUACACAUUCUUUGCUACACACUUCAUGGACCUCACUAACUUAGACAGCCUCUAUCCUAAUGCUGAAAAUUAUCACUUUGAGGUUGAGAGAGUGUUCAGUAGGGAAGGUAACUGCGACAAAGUCACAUACACACAUGUCCUUUCAAAGGGAAAGACAAAGGAGAAACAUUAUGGUUUGCAACUGGCAGAGAUAUGUGGACUUCCAAAAACUCUAGUGGACGAUGCUAAGAAAAUCAGUAGCUGUUUAGUUCAACAGAAGCAGGCAGUCCAAGAGACUGAUCUGGGAAGUCGCCAACAGAGAGCUGUGUUCAAACUUGGUACUAGACUCGUACAAACUGCUAGAAAUUCUUGUCUUGAUGAGAGCAGCAUACGGUCUUAUUUACAAAGUCUUAGGGAUCAGUAUGCAAGAGAUUUGCAAGGCACUGAUAGGAUAGAAGAAGAAUAGAAACUGAGAGACUACAUGAACGUAUCUGCCAACUGAAUAUGUAUGAGAAUAUCAUAGCAAGAAGGAUCAGUCGUAGGCUCAUGUAGUAUACUUACAUGUACAUGUACAAUGUUUAUCUCACUGGACAAUAAUUCAGCAGCUUCUCAGAUUUUACCUAAUUUCUGUGUUUUUUUUAUCCCUUUUUACUAUAAUAAGUGAAUUAAAUAAUUCAAAUUAUAACAUAAAACAUAUUGCUGUUAUCAUGUUUUGGAUUUACUUCAUAUUUGACUUCCAAAGUUUUGAAAGACUGAAAAUUUCGAAAUAAAGAUGCA